AAACAAAAAAACACACACAACAUCCACGCUUCUCACCCAAUCUCUCCACAUUUCUCGAUUGGGCCACCCUCCCAUCUCUUUCCCCUGCUCCACAAAUAAACAAGCAAACGCCACAUAGCCCGCAACCCCAGCAACAGCAGCCAUGCAAGAAACCGACCUCCACUACCCGCCAGAAACCUGUCCCUUUUGCAGCAUCGCCGCCGCGUAUCCCGUCUCCGAGAGCGCACAGGCUGGCGCUUCGCUAUGGCGCAGUGCACCUGAGCAACAGCAGAAAGAGCUAGCAGCGUGCGUACCGAGUGAUGAGGAGAGUCAGGCCGACAAGACCGAUCCGAGUAGUUUUGUGGUGCUGAGAAGUAAUGAUGUUGUUGCUUUUUUGGAUAUUUUGCCUAUGACGAGGGGUCAUUUACUUGUUACGACUCGCCAGCAUAAAGUCAAGGUUGCGGAUAUGGGGGUUGUUGAGAGUAGGGAGAUUGGCUUCUGGUUACCCAUUCUAGCAAGAACAGUAGCAAAAGUCACAGGCGUGACGGAUUACAACAUUGUUCAGAAUAACGGCGCAAGAGCAGCACAAGUAGUACCACAUGUUCACUUCCACAUUAUACCGCGGCCAGAAAGCAUGCCCGAAAUCAAGAGCAAGAGCUGGACCAUGUUUGGACGGGGUCAACGCGAUGAUCUCGAUGAUGAAGAAGGGUCCAAGUUGGCGGGCGAGAUGAGAAGAGUGUUGAGGGCUGAGCUAGAGAAGAUGGGUACUGGGGGCGGGUCAAAGUUAUAGCGGGGGACUUAAUAUGGAGAGUUUCUGCAGAGGAAGAAAGUAAGACGUGAGAUGAGCAACUUCGAAGACUAGGGGAAUAACAUGUGCUUUGUAAUUUUGGUAUGAUAAUUAUUUCAUCGCAAUUUUUAUGUAAUUAUUCUCUCCCGCACGUACGUUGAGCCU